AUGUCCACUCUUCCAGAAGACGGACCACAAACAGCGAUAGUGGCCGAUUUUAGUCACAAUAACAUUAAAACUUUCCUGUGCGCUGAUGGAAGAAACGAAGAAUGGGCGCUGAAACACCUGAACCUCAGUAACAACCUCCUUUCCGAAAUCUCCUUAACGACUUGUAGGAACUUUCCUGUUUUGGAAACUCUAAACCUCAACGGUAACGCCAUCCACACCCUCACGCUGGGGACACCAGCGCCCGCGCGCGGGUCUGAAGCGUACGGAGGAGUCGAUCGCCUCCUGCCCGCUCUGAAAGUAUUGUCAGUUGAAAGAAACAACCUCAGCAGAGUUCCAAGAGGACUAGGCCUGCUGCCCUCUCUGCAGACUGUCCGCCUGUCAUCCAACGGCAUACGACAGGUUGACCCCAGUGACUUUCAAAGCUGCUCACAGCUGGAGGACAUCCACUUGCAGAACAACAAGAUAACGGAAGUUCAUUCAGACGCCUUCGGGGAUCUCAACAAAUUACAGGUCGUCGUGGAUCUCCGUCAAAAUCCUCUGGCAACCCCUUUACCACAGAUAUUGAUCACUUUGAACGUCUUUCAGCUUGAAGUGGGUUUGUCAAAUAAUGCCUGGGUAUUUAACUGCAGACUACAUGCUUUCAAACACCUAUUUCAUCUUCUUUUUGACUCUACGAGGAAAAAACUGAGUAUUUCAUACCGUAAAUCUGCCAGCAACUCCCAGAAACCUCUGCUGUAUCUUUCAAGUCCCCAUUUCAACUGCAGCGACAGCGUUUUGCUCAAGAGGGCUGUAAUCCCAGCAGAGAAGACGUCGGUGCUGAAGUGUGACUUGGGCAACACGAGGGGUACCAGAGUCCCUUGGUGGUCACCUAAAGGCAGAAUUUCAAAAGAUAACGGUCUUCCUCACAUGACACUGGAUGAACUGAAUAAUCUAGUGAUACACAACGCUGAGAAAACUGAUGAAGGGUUAUACUUGUGUCUUCGGAACACAACAAAGACGAAAUACCUCAUCUACAGCACACAGGUGGAAGAAAGGGUUUCAAGAGUUUUGGUUAGAAAAGCCAGGGACACCAAGACUGUUGUCAGACAGGGAAGAACAGAGCAAGACCUCGCCUUGGCCGUCUGCCUCUCGGUGCUCAUCACGUUCAUUUGCGCGUUUUGCCUGGGCGCUUUCGCUAGACCCUACAUCGUCAGCCUGUGGAGACUGAUGCGCGGGAACAAAAACUCACGUGCGGAACACGCUUAUUCCAAUCGAGCUUUCUCGGAUGAAGCCGUGAGCAGGGAGUGCUCUGCAGGCAAAGCAACACACGUGCAGCGCCAUCUGUUCAUUCGCCACGAGAAUUCUUCGAGAAACACGUGCAUUUUUCCUACAGAAACUUGUGCUUUUCACGAGCACGUCGCUGGUAGCAACGUACAUGCACCAGAUACUGAUGAAAACAUAAAGGCUUACGAUAAUGGACCGUUUUCCAUAAGGAUGGAUUACAAGAACAGCAGUGAAGACACGCCAAGAAAAUUAACGAGUAAUGACGUUUCAUUACGUGAAGAUUCAAGAUAUGCAAAUAAUGCAGACUCCGAGGAGAGCAGGUUCCCUCCCGUACGCAGGAGAUCGAGUGCCAACUCUUGCUCAAAUCACACCGACUCUUCGGAUUCAGAUUUAUCCCUUUCCGCAACACAAACACAUCCAGUUGCGCAAGAUUCUGGGAACGGCGAGGUAAGCAACAACCCUGCUCCACCGCAGUCUGGAAUCACAAAGGCUACAGCAGGUUCUCCUGAAAGAAGAGGUAUUGUUUCAUAUAAUGAGCCCACGAGCACUACAAAACUUACGCUUGGAAGGCAAAGCCCUGAUGGACAACUCGUUCUAAAUGGCCACACAAAGACGACCAGUGAUGGGGGAGAUUUAAUUUCACUCAGCAGCUGCAAGAAAGAUAAAAAUACUGAGAAUUUAAGUGUCUACUCUCCUCUGACAGAGUACAACUGUAACCUGAAGAAAGAUGCUUCAGCAGAUACACUUGGCGAUAGUUCUUCGGAUGAAGGGACGCCGUUCACACUGAGCGACUGCAGUUCUUCAGCAGACUCUGACCUGGAACAACCCCGUGUUAGUGACAACCCGGCCGUCUGUCAGCCGUCACUAGCCGAAGCGGAGAUGGACAGCGGAACGGAGACGUUCUCGACGCUCCCAGGGUCUCCACACGUUGCUGCUGAGCUUCGGCAUCCUGGGGGAAAUGCAGAAGAGAACAACGCGUAUUUUGAAGCCACCAGCGAUGGAUCAGACACCAUCGUGCCAGGAACAGCAUCCCCUGACGCUGAUAAACGCGGUGACCACGUAAGCAUGUCAGAUUCAGACACAGUGAGUUCUUCAAGUCAAGAAGUUUGUGACAUGUUUGAUUAUUCUACUAACACAGAGCCAGAAAACUCUAUUUCCGAUUCUCUCCACAAUCGACGUCCGGGUCUUGGUUACGCAUUGCUCUCGCUACAGCAUUCCCCCACGUACGACAUGGACACUGAGAGCGCUCCUGAAGAGGCUGACUUGCAGCUGUAUCGGUUUCCCGUUGAACCACAGCAUUCCCUCGGCUUCAGUCCCGCUGAACAACAGGAAAGCGCACCAGAGGGAAGCACGGAUGAGCACGUGGACAGGAACUCCCCUGCGAAGCAUCGCGGUGGAGGCGACGCUGCGUUAAGAAGCACGUCUGCCUCUGAGGACAGUGAUUUCACUUGUGCUCCCACCAACGUGGGUUUGAAUGAAGCUGUUGAGAAACCAUCGCCGCUGCGUUCCCGCACCGAGUCACCUCUUCCAUCCCCGCCUGAACAUCGAGCCGGGAAGCGUUUCCUUACAGAGAAAGACUUGCUGCCACAGGGGGAGGAGGCGAACGCAACUGAGGCUUGUGCAGAUAAAGCGCACGGAGGGUUUAAUGGGAAAAACUGGGAUGGAUACACAGAAUUACGGGAUGCCAGCCCGUGUAGCCUGCCCCAAGAAACGUGGUCUCGCAAUCUUACGGCAGAUUGGCUGCAUCUUCCCUCUUCUGGGAAAACGCAAUCAGUCUUCAACACAGAAGAUCACCUCCCACUGCAUGAGAGUGAUGGGGAUGCAUAUUCCUCAGUCCCACAAGGCUUCCUCAUUGAAAGCACACGGUACCGUUCAUGUUCAAUCCCACAAAACACUGCAAUCUCCGAUUCCGGCAAGACGGAGGAUGGCACUACUUCGGCAGGACUGCAGAACAACUCCGCAACAGCUGGUAACCUCCAAAACUCCAGCGAAAACCCCGGUCACAAAAGUCAGGCCAAUUCAGGACAAGGCCAGGUGUUUGUUAAGAAGAAAAGAGCAUUUGAUGGAUUUGCUAAUAUUUUGCAAAGCAGGAAAACAGACUUCAGUAGCUGA